AUACUAAGUCACACAGAUGCAGGACAGUGAAGAGAGAACACAUAGAUACAGACGUAUAUUAGAGUUGAGAUAAGUAGAAGUUACUGUAUUAAGAUGUCAGAGGGAGUCUAUGAAAACACAGAUGGAUUUAAUGAUGAUGAGCCUGAUGCAAUGAAGAACACAGACAUUGAUGACCAAUUAUAUAGCAACGUAAAAGCAUUCAAACCCAGUCCAAGAGAUGGAGUUGUUGCUUCAGUACAUGUUCAGUGGUGGAAGAGACCCUUCCUAGUUGCUGCAGUGUGUCUGGGGCUGCUGUGUGUUCUCCUACUGGCUGGGAUCAUAGGCCUGUCUGUCUACUAUGGAGUCAUUGAUAAUCAUGCCUCAAAAUUGAGAGACCAGCUACAGACCAGUUACAACACCCUGACUAAAGAGAGAGACCAGCUACAGACCAAUUACAGCACCCUGACUAAAGAGCGAGACAAGAUACAGACCAGUUACAACACCAUGACAAAAGAGAGAGACCAGCUACAGACUGAGAGAGAUGUUCUUAGUGGGAGGCUUACCAGUCUCAAACAAACCUGUCCUGAACGCUGGCAGAAGUUUGAAUCCAGUUGUUACUUCCUGUCUACUGAGACUAAAACCUGGAAGGAGAGCAAAGAUGACUGUUUGCAGAGAGGAGCAGAUCUGGUGAUCAUAAACAACAAUAAGGAACAGGAGUUUCUCUUCAUCCUCAACCAUAACACAGCUGUCUGGAUUGGUCUGACUGACUCUGUUACUGAGGGGACCUGGAGAUGGGUGGACGGCACCCCACUGACCACCCCAUGGUACUGGUCUUCACAUCAGCCUGAUAAUGGUGAUGGCAAAACAGAAUAUGGUGUGGAGGACUGUGUUCAGAUACGUAAAGAUCAGAGUCCUCUGGAGGCGUGGAAUGACGUGUCAUGUCGCAGCAAACUCAACUGGGUUUGUGAGAAAGUGUUUUAACAUCACCAUGACAACAUACUGUAACACAUACAGUAGACUAUAGUGCACACAACCUCCUCUAUUCUCUCUCUCUCUCUCUCUCUCUCUCUCUCUCUCUCUCUCAUACUCACACACACACCGUCACAUACCCUUAUUCACACACACAUACUCACACACACACACACACACACACACACACACACACCGUCACAUACCCUCAUUCACACACACGCAUGAACACAUGCAUGCAUGUACACAAAUGCAUACACACACACACAUCUAUUGUUGUAUUUGUUUGUAGUAUCAUAUUAAUAAAAGUUAUUUGCUGCUUGUAGCUUCAUUCAA